GCCCCUCCCUCUUGGAGCCGCUCGCCGCGCCCGGCUCCUCCCUCCCGGCUCGGGCCCUGGGGCGGUUGUUUCUCGCCCAGCUGCGCGCGCGCGCGCGCGCCAAGAGCUCGAGCCGGAGCCUCCCGGCGGCUCCCCUCCCCCCUGCUGCUGCCGCCUCCUCCUGCGGGCACGAUGCAGUUUAUGUUGCUUUUUAGUCGUCAGGGGAAGCUGAGACUUCAGAAGUGGUAUGUCCCCUUGUCUGACAAAGAGAAGAAGAAAAUCACAAGGGAACUCGUUCAGACAGUGCUGGCUCGUAAACCAAAAAUGUGCAGCUUCCUGGAGUGGAGAGACCUGAAGAUUGUCUACAAAAGAUAUGCAAGCCUUUAUUUUUGUUGUGCUAUUGAAGAUCAGGACAACGAACUGAUAACCCUGGAAAUAAUUCAUCGUUAUGUGGAACUACUUGACAAGUAUUUUGGCAGUGUGUGUGAACUUGAUAUCAUCUUCAAUUUUGAAAAGGCUUAUUUUAUUCUGGAUGAGUUCCUGUUGGGAGGGGAAGUUCAGGAGACCUCCAAGAAAAAUGUUCUUAAAGCCAUUGAGCAGGCAGAUCUGUUACAGGAGUGAAUUUGUUUCUCUGAAUAGUUCAGAAAAAGUCCACAAAAAUAGAAUUCAUUCUUCAGUUCUACCAAUCCCAAGUUUUUUCAAACAUCACUGCUUUUUUCUCACCAGAUCCACUCCUCAUAUGCACAAUAUAUGUCAAAGCUAAAGAUUUUCUUUUAGCCCUAAAUGGAUUGUUACUUGACAGUUGUUAAAAAAAAAAUAAUUAAGUACUGUAUUUUUAAUACAUUAAAUAUAAUAAAUUUUAUGUAUGUAUCAUUAAGUAGUUAGUGUUUCUAAUGCAUUUUGAUGAUGACUAGCUGUUCAGAAAUGUUUAUCACACAAAGGAACAUCAUUUUACAGAUCUUAAGUGGGAGGAAGCAGUGGCUGUUGUGAGUAAUAUUAAAAGGAAAACAUGCACAGGCAAGAGUUGUUUGAAGAGUGAAUUGGCCCCUUAUAGGCUCGUCCAUUUGUAUUCCCCCAGCAGUUUUCCAGGAGAUGCUUUAUACUGUACAGCACCUUUUAGAGUAUCAUGCACUUAAACUUUCAGUACUGUUAUAAUCACUUACAAACACUCAGGGCUUGUCUACACUUAAAAUGCUGCAACUGUGCCUCUAGUGCUUCAGUGAAGAUAGGAGGGCUUCUCUCAUCAGCGUAGAUACUCCACCUCCCUGAGAAGCAGUAGCAAAGUUGAUGGGAGAAUUCUCCCAUCGACCUAUUGCUGUAUACACCAGGGGAUAGGUAGGUUUAAGUGCAUUGCUCAGGGGUGUGGAUUUUUCACACCCAAGAGCGACGUAGUUAUACUGUUAUAAUUUCCUAGUACAGAGCAGUCCUCAUUUCUGUUAGUGCUCAUCUCACUAAUGUACUGAUUUUGGAGACUUGCAAGCUGUGAUUUCAUGUGUAGUUGACGCUCAUUUUUCUUUAGCGUUCUUCUUAGCUCUCUUCACAAUGACAACACAUUGAAUGUUUUUGUAUCUGGUGCUGUCCGCUAAAGUUAUCAGUGAAACACAGCUCACCCUCAUCUUUAAAAGAGCUGCAACCCUGACAAUAGUUUGACGUUCUGUGUGUGGAGGUGUAGGGGGGCACAUGCAUUUCCAUUUGAGAAGAAUACAUUUUUUGUCCUGUUAUGGAGCUGUGAAAUAAAAUUUUUCAGGUCUUGAUGUGAUAUUAACCACAUUGCAUUGUAAUUAUAUUUACAGAGCCAGUUCUCCAUGCCACUUCCUUCUAUUCUUUUCUCAGGUUGGCAUUGACAUUAGUACAGUAUUCCAGAAGAACUGUAGCAAUUUCUAAUCUCUAUGUGCACUUUUUUCUUCUGUGUGGAUAUUGCUCUUUUCAUUUUAUAUUUUCUUUGUUGUUUCCUGAUGUAAGCAUCAAUUCAGCAAAGCAUUUAAGCAGAAUCUUAAGUAAAUCCUGGUUUAGCGGAGCACUUAAGCGUUGUGGUUCGCUUUAAGUUAAGGAAGUGUUUAAGUGCUUUGCUGAAUCAGGACCUUAUUUGAUAAUCCUGUUUUAUUGCAGUUACCAAUCUAUUUAGUAACUCAAAACCAUUACUGAGGCAUACCUUUGUUAAAAGACGACAUAUUGCUUUUGAGGUCAUAGCUCAACUCUUUGCCUCUAGUGACUUUUUUCUUCCCUAAGCUCAUUACAUAAAUGAGCACAAAUGCAUCUCCUAUUGAACAGCUGAAAAGUAAUUUUACUUUUCCUUAUGCAUCAUAUUUUUGUGGAUGAGUAAAGGUCAUGUGACCAAUUUCAUGAUUGUUAACUAUUCCAGUUAAAACUGCUAAUUAUUUUUAAUACUUGACACCAUAACAAAUAAAUAACACAAACAAUAUAGUUUGCAUUGAUAUUGUAGCAUGGUGAUCCUAGGAUUUGAGAAACAAAGUUGGUAAGUUUACAUCUUUUAUUGGACCAACUUCUGUUGGUGGAAGAGACAAACUUUAGAGCUGCACAUACCUCUUUCAGGUUUGAAAAAGGUUAAUUGCCUAUUUCAUUUUAAGAAGUUUCUUGCAACAUGCGUUAACCCUUUAUUCUUAACAAUCUGUCCCACCUUGUAUUUAGCUGUGAUACUCUGGUUACCUUUUCCAGACCUGAAGAAGAGUUCUGUGAAGCUUGAAAACUUGUCUCCCACCAACAGAAGUUGGUCCAAUAAAAGAUAUUGCCUCACCCACUUGUAUCUCUGAGUAUAGUACAGAACAAUAAUAAAGUAUCCAUUUUUCAUAUAGGAAUUGUCAUUCAAUGAUGGCCAUUAGUAUGAGAUACUGUCUCCGACUAACACUGUGCAAACCUACAUAAUUGUCCCAAUACAAGUAAAAAAUUAAUCUCAUUAAACAAAACCAUUACCAUCAGUGUUUACUAAACAACGAACAUAACUGUUAAAGGCUUGGCAGCAGGUGAAUUUUUUUCUAGUAACCACAUUUCAAAAUAGUUUUGUAAUCUUUUUUUGAAGGUGAAUUUUUCUUUCACUAGAAUUUCCAAAUCUUGUUCAACCUACAUAUUAUCACUGGAGGUUAUUUAUUCCUCUAGGGGUCUUCAGAAGAACAGGUUGGAUAUUUCACUGUGAAUAUUGAUGUUUGUUUUCAUUGGAAGUUCCAACAGUAUGGCCAAAAGGUCUGUUGGUAAAUCAAAACUGUUUACUUUUCGUUUCCAUAUUAUUCAUAUAAUUGUCUAAUCCUUUACUAAAUACUACUAACGUAUGUGCUUCGUUAAAAUUAACAAUUAGCUGUAAUUGUUUCAUCUUUUAAAAAUAUCUUGCAUCCUAAUUUCAGUUAGUGACCUCUUGUCCUUGUAUAUGAGGAAGAAUAAGUGUAUUUUCAAUCUGUUAUUCCUGUCUACUUUUUUGAAGGCAAAUACUUUUUUUUUUUUUUUUUUUUUUUUUGGUAUUAAAAACCUGCUUCCCCACUGAGAUAAGCAACUUAUGUGUAUGGAAGUGGAGGCUAUUUUGGAACUGCCAUAAGAAUUUUCCAUCAGAGGAAGAACUUCUCAACUGGAAAGAGCAACUACAUGUAGACUGUACGAUUGUGUAUGGUUCUAAAGGCUGUAAUAUGCCUUUAGUAGUACACCGGACCCUCACUAGAACGUGCAUCUAUAUAGUGCGAAUUCGCAUAUAAUGCGGUCGUGGUCAUGGAUCCCAAAUUUAAUUACUUUAAGUGGAAUUCAUUUUAAUGUGGUUCCUGCUGUAAUGUGGUCCCUGCGUUAACACGGUACCGCACAUGGAUCCCAAAUCCCACGUUCUAGCCACGGUCCAGUGUAUGUAACCGUUGUGCAUAUAAAUAAUGCUAGCAAUAGCAAUUUUUAAAAAUAAAAAUCCCCGAACAUUUUAAUCUGUAUAAGGGAUCUCUACAAGUGGAUGGGAACAUAAUUUUUCAUCAUCUCUAUUAAAAGACCACCUCUGUAAGCAGCUGCUUUUGUUUGUCCCCCUUGAGUGAUUGCUUAAGAUAGUUUUACUGUAUCCAAGUAAACAGAGGCUGAAAAACUCAGCCACUGGUGAGUGGAGCACUUUCCGUGUGAAUGUGAUUUCACAUUCAGUUUCUGCAGAAUCUGAUCUUUCAUUUAAAAAUGUUUCUAGCCCUUAUAGUUAUGAAUGUAAUUUUAAAGUAUAAAGCAAUGAAAUACUGUCAUCCUGACUGUUGUCAGAUUUGGUGCUUCUGCUAUUGUUCAUAUUCCACAAAAGCAAAAGAAUUAAUGAGAAUAGCAGAGUCUUAACUAAUUAGUGCAAGCUUGCAUAUCAUGACAGUAUUAUUGGGAAAUGUGUUCUUCAUACAUAACUCCCACUGACAUCAGUGGGAGUUGUAUAUGGGACACAUCUCACCAUCAUACCUUUAGACCUCAAUCCUUUAGAAAUUCAUACAUAUGCUUUAUUUCAUGCAAGGAUUUCUUUUUCAUUGAACAUUUUAUUUGUAUUUUAUAAAUUAAGCUAUAUUGUAGGAAACCUGGUGGAAAAGCAAUAGUGUGUGUGUGUGUCAGUAGGAGGCAUUCAUUUAAUGAAGUGUCCGAAGAUUGGGCAACAAUGGAAAUCUAUAUAUCGUUUGGGAGACAUUAAAGUCUCAGGGAGAUGUAGGAAGUGGUAGUGUUGAUUUAAGUUGACAGCAGUUUUCCCCUAAGCGUAAUACUGAACCAGUGUCCCAACAUGUCAGGAGGGUGAAGGAGUGAAGCUCUGCAUUUUGGAGGUGUAGUCUUCAGAAUGAGAUGUGAAAUAAGUCCUGAUCAGUUGUACUUGUAGGAGAUGCUAAGGGCUAUUAAGCAACAGUAGAGGUGCCAGCCAGCCAGCCACAGCAGGGCUGUGUUAUUGCCCCCAACCCUUCUUCCAUCUUUCUUGCCAUAAUCUUAAUUCUUCUUUGUGACUGCAUUUCUUCUGGAAUUGGGAUUGAGUAUCACAUGGAUGUCCGGCUCUUCAAUCUGUGAUGUCUUCAUUCUAAAACUAAAGUCACCAGGACUGUUAUUACUGACCUUCAGUUUGCUGAUGACUGUGCUAUCCUCAUGCAAUCCACCCUAGAUCUCUUCUCGCAUAGUUAUCAUAGCAUGGGACUUUCCCUCAACAUUAGGAAGACUAAGGUGCUCCUCCAUCCUGCCCCAGAAUAAGCUGCUCCUGUUCUCCCACAAAUUGUCAUUGGUGGUGAACCCCUGGAAAAUGUUGAGCAUUUCCCUUAUGUUGGUAGCCACCUCUCCCAGACAACCAGUCUUGAUGUGGAGACUGAACAUGGGAUCUGUUGUGCCAGCGUAUCUUUUGGAAAGUUGCUCCAUCGUGUCUUUAUUGGAAACUAAGAUCCUGGUCUACAAUGCAGUAGUAAUCCCCACUCUUCUUCAGGGAAUGAGACAUGGAUGACAUACCAAAGCCAUAUUAAGCUUCUGGAGUGGUACCAACAGCGCUGCUUUAGGUAGAUUCUCUCUAUUGGAUAGGAAGACCAUUGCACCAAUGCAAGCCGCCUCUCUGCAGCUAACAUCACCAGUCUUGAGGCAAGAUUAUGAAACAUCAACUUCGAUGGGCUGGUCAUUGUGUAUGGAUGGCUGAUGCUCAUCAUCCAUAGCAGUUCCUCUUUUCUCACUUAGUCAUGGUAAGAGGACCUGUGGAGGACAGAGGAAAUGCUACAAAGACACCCUGAAAGUAUAUCUGAAGAAGGGAGGCACUGACCCCAUGAAUUAGGAAGAGCUGUAGUGGUGGCAUAUCGUACGUCAAGCGUCAUCCCAUGUUGAAGAGAAUCGCCUUGCUCCAGAGGCUGAGAAACAGCAGAGGAGGAAGGAAACUGUACAGCAUCCAGACCAGCAGUUGUACUCUUUCCAAGCAACCACCUGUUAUGUGGGAAAAACCUGUAAAGUACGAAUUGGACACCUCAGCCAUCUUAAGUCUCAUCAAUGACUUUUUCCCAUGGCAGACAUCAUCCUAGUAUAGAGGGAUAGCCAACAAACAGGUGUUAGCCCUAGUGUUCUGGCCAGACACAAGAAAGAUGAUCUCAUGCAUAUGGAACUGUUUUGUGACAAGUUUGGGUCAUGAGAUUUGGGUUCUAUUUUGGCUGUGCCAUAGAUUUCCUGUGAUCUUGAGCAAGACGUUUAAUCUUUGUGCCUAUCUGAUUAUACGUUUUGUAAAGAUAUAUUAAUGUUUGUGAGGCGCUCGAAUACUAUGGUAAUAAAUGCUGUAGAAAAGCCUAUAUGUAAAUAAAAUACUUAAGUACAGUUUGGGACGCUACAUUCAUCCUACUUAACUUUCCCCUGAAGUCUCAUUUGCUUUCUUGCAUCUUUUAGUGCAAGAUGUGGCUGCAUCUCAGUGCUAGGGUUGGGGGAGAAGUGUAUUACUUUUUGUGAGGCACUUUGGAAUCCUCUGGGAUAGAAGGCUCUGUAGGCUCUAACUGUGAAAUAAAAUAGCUUUUGCACAGCUUGUUUCUUGAGAUUUGGGUAACUUGUUACAAAAUAUUGAAUUCCAAAGCAAACUGCAACAGCUUAACCCAAAUUAAGUCAAUUAUUUAAAUGUUUGUUUUCAAGCUUAUAACUUAAAUAGACAUAAAUUAUUAUCCUUUCCUGCCCAGUUAGUUACUUUUGAUGGAAGUAAAUAUUUAUAUUUUAAAGUCUCUGUCCCCCAUUGGCCAAGAAGAGAUUGCUAAAACAAUUGUUUUAUGAACAAUUCAUAUUCAGUCAAAUUUUAUGUAAUGUGGGUUGAACUAGUUGUCAUUCAGUUAUACUGUGUACUGUCAUUGGGUUGUACAACAAUUUAUAAAUAAAGCACUUCUAAGAUAAUUUAUUUGGUAACAUGACAUAUGGGGUACAUGGUAGUGUGGUAUCGAGGUUUGAUCAGCACUUGUUUGCAAUGACUUGCAGAAAUAUGGUCAUCCCAAAGUCAUGCCAAUAAAACUUCUGAACCAUGCCACAUUAUCAUGUAUUCUUUGUAUGUGUCUGUUUUAUAAUUACUUAACUCUUCAUAGCAUUAUAUCUGAGCAUAAAGUAUGAUUUAUAAUCUUUAUAUCCUGUUUUUAUAUUAUUUGUUUUAUGGUUGGCUGUAUGUUUGACUGCUCUGCUUGUAGUUAGAUUUGUGUAAAACGUUUUAAAAAGGUAUAUAAAUUCACUAAUAUACUUUCCAUUAACUGUUUUUAAGGUUACUGUUAAAAUGUCCUAAACGUAUCAUAGAAGUAGAGUUGGCUUUGUGAUAAAUUACAAAAGUAUGCAUAUUUGCAAACUGCAGGAAUAUUGGAACAUCACCCUGUUGGAUAGUAUUACUUAAAACAAUAGAGAUCAAAUUCUCAAUUUGUUAAAAUAGUGGUAGGCUAAGCUGGUGUUGCUAGUUUAGUGUGGAAUCUAUAUUAUAAAAGUUAUUAAAAAGUAAAAUCAGCCUUUUAAUGCCAUUAACCAUGCUUUCUUUUAUGACCAACCAGCAAACUUUUUCUCUUGUGUCUUUGGAGGAAUAGGAACAGCUGCUAUGCGAAUUACUCUAAAUAGAAAAUAAUUUUUUUACUUAGGAAACAUGAUUGCAGAGAAUUUUCACUUAAUGUGUGCUGCUGCAGGUUUUCAAGCAGUUUCCUAGAUCCUUAAAAUCUCCUCAUUUCACCAAUUCUGCCUCCCAAAAAAUGUAUUCAGCUGUGUAACAAUACCCCUCCCCUUCUUCCCCCCCCUUCAAUUUUGUUCACAUUGGAAUUAGAUAGGGGACUUCAAAAUUUACAUGUCUUUUUAUGAAGGACAUUAUAAAAAGGAGCUGUGUCCUCAAAAGUUUCAUAUAUUUAAAAAUAAAAACAGAAAAUAAAUUCUUAAUGUCACAUAUGCCAACUGGAAAAUGUCUUCCUCUCUAAUGCUAGAUUUAGUUUUCUAGAGCAGCUAGCUGUGUUCAAAGUACUACAAGAAAUCCCAAUGAUAAUACUUCCUAUUUAGAGGCUCUCAGACUCAUUAGUGCUAAUUGGAAGUCCUUACCAUCUGAUAGCUGUUCAGAAGCCUCUGUGGUGCAAGGUCUAGUGAACAGCAUCCACCUUACAAAACUAUUAUCAUGAAAUUAACAACAAACUCUGCAGACAUGCCAAGGAAUCGGUAUACCUGAAAUGUAAACUACCAGUUCAUCCCUAGAGAUGCUCUAUUCCAGAACAGGCUUGAAGCAGGCUGUGACAAGGCAAUGUGAAGAAUCUUGCAUUGCCAUUGAAUGUAUCCUACUUACUUUGAGGAUUUUAGCUACUGGGGUUAUCCGUCAAUGUGUACAAUAAGUUCACUGAACAAUUGGAGAACACUCUGCUUUACAAUAAAGCUUCUAUACAUCUUGUCUCUCAAAUCCUGUGUUUCCUGUUUAGUGACUUUUUUAUAAUCUACAUUUCAGUGUAUUUCAUAGUUUCGUUGAAUCAACACAAUGCUGAAGAGAGUAAUAUAUAAUGUUUCAUAUGUACAGAGGCUUUCCAGUUGCAUGGAAUAGCUUGCCAUGUAGUGUUCUCACCCUCUCUUUGUUCACGUUACCGCUAAAGAUGUGUUUCAUGAGGCUUCAAAACAACAGGAAAAAAAUAUUAACAUUGCAUCUGUCCUCCCAUUGUGUCCUGUUCUGUAUGUCUUAUACUGUAAGUUCCUUGUGUUGGGACUGUCUUUCUCUGUCUUGAUUAGUACCAAGCACAUUGUUGGUGCCCUUUUACAGUAGCUUCUGUUAUGUUUAUCUCUACGCAAAAGAAGAAAUUUUGACCAAGAAGAUGUAAAUUCUAGUGCUGAAUUUUAAGGUCCAUAACAAAUAAUUGCUGAGUUUUUUAGAUGUUAAGCCAGAGAAUCUAUAUGAUUGAACAUAGAAAGAAAAUGGUUUCUUUACAAUCAGUAAUCUAAAUAAAUUUGAUAAUCCAUUAACAUUUGUACUUAAUCCAUCUACUGUUUUUAACAUUUUGUAUAUAGUAAUGCUACCUGAAAAUAAUUGCUAUGAAUUAUUGACAUACAGAACUCAGUUGUUGAUAUGGUAACCAGAGGAGAAGUGAUGUAAAAAUGUGGUUGAGUAAAUUUUGUAUUAAAAUUCUUGCUCUAAACUGCAACAGAGAGGGUAUGGUAGCUAAUAAGUGAACCUAUGAUGUAACUUUUGCCUUGUACAGGCAUAAAACCAAUUUUGCUCUAAUUACAGAGCAGUAUUAAUGGUUUAAAAAAUCAGUUUUCUGUGUGAAAUACAACCACAGGGAUUAAAUAUAUACAAAAUA